GGCGCCCGCGGAGCCGGGGCGGCCCUGCACGGUGUGUGGAGGUCGUUGGAGUCAUCCGCCUGUGCUCGGUCUCUGCGGUUGCUGCCGGUCCGCGCUCCUCCCCAACCAUGCUCGCCGCUCUCGCCCGGCCUGCCGGCGCCGCUCUCCGCCGCAGCUUCAGCACCUCGGCCCAGAACAAUGCUAAAGUAGCUGUUCUUGGGGCUUCUGGAGGGAUCGGGCAGCCCCUUUCGCUGCUCCUGAAGAACAGCCCCUUAGUGAGCCGUCUGACCCUCUACGACAUUGCUCAUACGCCGGGGGUGGCUGCAGACCUGAGCCACAUUGAGACUCGAGCCAAUGUGAAAGGCUACCUCGGACCUGAGCAGCUGCCAGACUGCCUAAAAGGUUGUGAUGUGGUGGUGAUUCCUGCCGGAGUCCCCAGGAAACCAGGCAUGACACGGGAUGACCUGUUCAACACCAAUGCCACCAUUGUGGCAACCCUAGCGGCUGCCUGUGCCCAGCACUGCCCUGAGGCCAUGAUCUGCAUCAUCGCCAACCCGGUGAACUCCACCAUCCCAAUCACAGCGGAAGUUUUCAAGAAGCAGGGCGUGUACAACCCCAACAAGAUCUUUGGCGUGACGACCCUGGACAUCGUCAGAGCAAACACAUUUGUGGCAGAGCUGAAGAGUUUGGAUCCAUCCCGAGUCAACGUUCCUGUCAUCGGUGGCCAUGCUGGGAAGACGAUCAUCCCCCUGAUCUCCCAGUGCACCCCCAAGGUGGACUUUCCCCAAGAUCAACUGACAGCACUCACUGGGAGGAUCCAGGAGGCUGGCACAGAAGUGGUGAAGGCCAAGGCUGGAGCAGGCUCUGCCACCCUGUCCAUGGCCUAUGCCGGUGCCCGCUUCGUCUUCUCCCUCGUGGAUGCCAUGAACGGGAAGGAAGGAGUUGUCGAGUGUUCCUUCGUUCAGUCCAAGGAGACAGAGUGUACCUACUUCUCAACACCCUUGCUUUUAGGGAAAAAGGGCCUGGAGAAGAACCUGGGCAUCGGCAAGAUCACCCCCUUUGAGGAGAAGAUGAUCGCAGAGGCCAUCCCCGAGCUGAGAGCCUCCAUCAAGAAAGGCGAGGACUUUGUCAAGAACAUGAAGUGAGGCGUGGGCCACGAGAGCCACGUCGUCGUAACUUACUCGGCCAUCAUGUCACUAAUGUCAUUUCAGAGACCUUGAUACUUCAUUUGCUUCAAUAGUGGAUAUUGCAUCUGCGUUAUUAUCCCUUCCGAAUUAUGGCUGGUCUGUUGAUGUGACAAUAAAAACAAGUUGUUUUUUU